ACGACUUACAAAUCAUGUAUGGUCCUUGGCUUUUAUAAAAUAAGGUCCUUUCGUAGAUUUAUCAAUUAUUAAUGUGUAUAUAUAAAUAACAUUACAUUACAUAUAUGCUUCUUUAUUGAUAAGUAUAGUAGUAAAGAGAGAGAGAGCAGAGAUAUAUAGAAGAAAUGGAAAAGUGGAAUAGAGGGUUGGGGCAUCUUUUCAUGACCAUCUUCCUCCAUAACUACUCAGCAUUUAUGGUGAUUCCUGCCAUUACAGAUGUUACUAUGUCUGCACUUUGUCCAGGAAGAGAUGAGUGCUCUAUUGCUAUUUACCUUACUGGGUUUCAGCAAGCGAUUAUAGGGCUAGGAACUCUGGUGAUGACUCCUUUCGUAGGGAAACUUUCUGACAAGUAUGGAAGGAAAGCUUUGCUUACCAUACCACUUACCUUUACUGGCAUUCCAUUAGGCAUAUUAGCAUACAGCAGGACCAAAAGUUUCUUCUACCUCUACUACGUCUUCAAGACUCUCAUUGCUAUGGUUUGUGAAGGCAGUGUCCACUGCCUCGCCUUCGCCUAUUUGGCAGAUAAUGUUCCGGAAGGGCGAAGAGCCUCCGCAUUUGGAAUCUUAUCGGGGAUUAGUUCAUGUGGUUUCGUCUGUGGAACUCUGUCCACUCGGUUCCUUUCCACCUCCUCAACUUUCCAGGUUGCUGCGUUGGUUUCGAUAGCGGCGGUGGUUUAUAUGAGGGUUUUUCUUCCUGAUACGAUCAUAGAUGACAAUCUUUCCGUACCAAUUUUGUCAAAGGUAAAGCUUGGUGUCUCUGAAUCGGACCAAGGUUCGAGUAAGAAAGGGAGGUUUCUCAAGUCAUUGCCUUCGCCUAAUGGCAUGGUUGCUCUUUUGAAGACCAGCCCCACGCUUUUGCAGGCUGGGAUUGUUGCCUUUUUCAGCAACUUGGCGGAAGUUGGUCUCCAUGCUUCAAUGAUGUACUUCUUAAAAGCCGAAUUCCACUAUAACAAGGAUCAAUUUGCUGAUCUGAUGGUGAUUUCCGGGAUUGCAGGGACUAUCUCGCAGCUCCUUCUCAUGCCCAUAUUGGCUCCUCUUCUAGGGGAGGAGAGGCUGCUUUCAAUAGGGCUCCUUUUUAGCACUUCACAUAUGUUUCUUUAUGGCGUAGCAUGGUCCUUCUGGGUUCCCUAUGCUGCAGCUAUGUUUUCCAUCAUUUCUGUGUUUGCACAACCAUGCAUGCGAAGUAUUGUUUCCAAACAAGUUGGGUCCCGUGAGCAGGGGAAGGCUCAAGGAUGCAUUUCAGGCAUAUGUUCUUUGGCAAAUGUAGUUUCUCCGCUGGCAUUUUCCCCUCUAACAGCUCUAUUCCUAUCCGAUAAUGCACCAUUUGACUUCCCUGGUUUUAGUAUCAUGUGCACGGGCUUCUCUUCGAUGAUAGCCUUUAUUCAAAGCAUGAUGAUAAGUGCGGUUCCUCCCAUUGCAAGUCAUCGAAUCAGCAAUUGCAAUCACAUGGAGCCUUGAUUUUAUAGAAGUAACUUGGUUUGACUAAAUAGUCUAUGCAACUUCUCUGGCCCCAGUGUUGGUCUUUAAAACUUCACCACUGUUGCUUAAGCACGCGGUCAAGAGAAUAAUAGGCCCAGGAGCCUUAUUUUGCCAUUUUCAACUUAUAUCGAAGAUGUUGCUCUUUUUUCUCUUUUCAAAUUUAGAUUGAGAACGUUAUGUUGUUGAAGAGGAAAACGACGUUAAUAAGUAGGUUACUCUAGCAUUAUGUAAGAUAUGUGUCGUUCCCUCUUUUUGUUUUCAUUACUUGACUUUUCUUCUCCUUUGCUCUGUCAAAUAAGAGUUGUUGUGUCAACUUGUCCACUAAUAAAUUAUGUUUACUAUGA